GUUCAACCUGUACUUUAUUUUACUUUUUAAAGAUAAAAACCGGUCUCAUUUAUGCACAAGUACGACGUGAUAUUGUACCCUUUCUCUUUUGCGGCAUUCUUCAAACUUGAACUCACUAUUUAUGCUUUUUUGUUUAAAUGUCAAGUUUGUUUAUGCUUGCAGUGACGAGUGAACCUGUUGACAACGUUCAACGUUGAACGUACUACCAUUUAUGAUUUAGGAUAAUUCAUGAAUUAGGCCUACAGUCUAUUGUCUAGAAGCUUGAAUUUUGACUAUUUGACAUUUUAUCAGACUAGAUUGUGGCACCUGCAUUAAUUACGAAACUAUGGUGCUAACACUGACGAGAAAGAUGAAAGUUGUGUGCUGUGUGGGGCUGACCCUUGCAGUGGUUGGUAUUGUCAUGAUUCCAGUUGUCCAAGCGAUUGUGAAGAGCAAGAUUAAAGAGGAAAUGAUGCUCAAAGAAGGUGGGAUGCUCUAUAAGAUUUGGAAGAAUUUUUCCAUCCCGAUUUACAUGCAGAUCUACAUGUUCAACUUGUCCAACCCUGACGAGUUUAAGAGUGGCCAGAAACCAGCCAUGGUACAAACCGGACCCUACACUUACAGAGAAGAGAGAUACAAAAUAAAUAUUACUCACAAUGCCAAUGGUACAGUAACAUACCGCCAGAUUCGGAGGUUUAUCUUCAAUCGAACCAUGUCUGUGGGAGAUGAGUCUGAUCUCUUUGUCACUAUCAACCCAGUGCUUAUGACUCUGUUGGCAUCUUUACACAGUGAAUCCGGACUGGUUCGGGAGAUUGUGAGUUUUGUUCUUGGUCUUAGUGGCCAGGACAUAAUUAUCACGAGAAGUGUGUCCGACGUCAUCUGGGGCUACCAUGAUCCGGUGCUUGCGAAGGCAAUGAAAAUUGCUAAAAGCUGGUUCUACACCGACUACGUUGGGUAUUUUAUUAAUAAAAACAACACUGAUGAUGGACUGUACACUGUGUUCACAGGCGAGAAUGAUAUCAAUAAACUGGGGGUCAUCAACAAGUAUAAUGGUUCCAGCUAUGUUGACUACUGGAGUACCAAGUGGGCUAACAUGAUAAAUGGAUCUGAUGGUACAAUUGCUCCACCUUUCCAGGAAAAGACGACCACACUACCCAUGUUUUCAUCAGAUAUCUGUCGGUCGGUGUUUGGCGUGUACACGUCGGAUGUGAAGAGUCCACAAGGAAUCAACUUGCAUCGAUUCACAUCGACAGAAGAUCAGCUGGCUAACAAGACCAUCAACCCAGCAAACGUCGGCUUCUGUACGCCAAACACGAGCUGUAUGGGUACCGGAGUCCUCAACAUCAGCCAGUGUCAACUACUGGACUAUUUUCACAUUCCUAUAGUGGUGUCGUUUCCCCACUUCCUGAUGGCUGAUAUGAAGUACCUCAGUGCUGUGGACGGGAUGCAUCCAAACAAACAGGAACAUGAGACGGCUGUGGACUACGAACCUAUGACUGGACUUGUGCUGCAGGCAGCCAAACGUCUUCAGAUUAAUAUUUACAUAGCUCCCAUCGACAAAAUGAAACAGACAUACAACAUAAAGCCAGUUGUUUUCCCAGUAUUUUGGUUGAAUGAGAGUUCUGUAGUUGAUGACAGCCAUGCCGAGACUCUACAGAACAUGCUGUUCACUCCACUGCUGGUCGCAAAAGUCCUCGAGAUCGUCCUCAUAGCUGGCGGCUCUCUGCUGCUGGUCUCCGGACUGGGCCUGGCAUUCAUCAAGCGUAAGAUGCUGGGAAGAAUUGAACCGCAGAUCGAACCUCCCCAACAUAUUGACAGUUAUGAUGAACGACAGCCUCUGUUGAGUGGCUCCCUCUCGGGGAAGGUUCCGCCGGCUCUGGUAGAUGAAUCCCGCAAUACUGGGCGUGACGCCAGCCACAUGGAUGACGAUGAUGUCCCAGAUUUUCAUGUUGAAACAGGUGGAAGCCCAUCAGGUGGUGUUAAUUAAAACUCUCCACGAAUCGACAGGAAAUUGCUCAGUGUUACGCCUUCAUGAGUCACUACUAGCAAAGCUUGCUGUCCAGUAGAAAACCCUUUAUUGCAACUGAAAUUUAAGUCAGUAUUAUUCUAAUAAUUAGUACUGAACCCAUCAAAAGUAUUUUAAUUGAUUUUGCUUCUGGUUAAGAUUACACCAUAUUUACAUCUAUAUUUGCAGUGAGCAAAGAAGUAGAGAAACAUUUUUCAGUGUCCAGUAUUAUACUUUGAUGUGAUUUUUUAAGCUGCUUUUUCUUUUUCUUUUUCUGUUUUGUAUAAACUUAAUUCUCGUAAAAUAGACUAGGUGUGAUUUGAAAAUUGAAUUGAAUCUUACAUUGAUGUAGGGUAUAACAUGUUUAGCCAUUUGCAAGACCAAAUCAGCUUUUGAAAUGUGUAACAAAUACUUGAUUAUACCAAGUUGUAAAUAUGGAUUUUUGGGAAAGCAGAAGUGCCAUAUGAAAUUUAUAGGACGAGUUAGAAAUUAUUUUAUUCCCCGAGUGAGACUGAGAGUAUAAAACAUUUUCAAACAAGUUCCAUAAAUUAUGUGUGGCACUAAUGCAAAUGUUAUAAAUUUAUUAUCGAUAAACAUAGUUGUCAAGAAACUUACUUGAAGAUCAUGUGAUAAAUUAUUAUUAUUAUUAUUUUUUUUAUUUUUUUAAAUUUUGUGAUAAAUUUAUUAUCGACAAACAUAGUUGCCAAGAAACUUACUUGAAUGAUCAUGUCAUAUAGAAAAAUUAUUAUAAUUGACAUUUUCUAUGUUAGUGCUUAAAUUUUAUAUUUACAUUUUUAUUUAACAGAUAUAUUAAACCAUGACUCUGAAUGGAAAUUAUACAUGUAUUAAUAAACUCGCACAUGACAUUUUUUCCUGAGAUAUUAUUAUGUGCCAAACCCUUUACGGUCUUUCAUACACUACUUCUAUAUAGUCCUCAUUCAUACUUGUAUAGUGUUCAGUGUUUCUGCCAGAAAGAAAUUUUUGGGUAUGGUGCUAUGAAAUUAAAAAUUUACAAUGUGUGUGCUGAAUGCAAUUGCAGUUGAUAGGGGGUAUGGGGGUCUCCCCCAGAAAUAAAAUGGGUUAGGUUUAGGGUUAGGGUUAGGAAAAUCAUACAGUAAUGAAAAGAGUCAUUAAUUUUGUCAAAAGGUAUAGGCCUACUUUAAAAAAUAAAAUCUGCAAAAACAAUUUGGGUAUGGUGCCAUACCUAUUUUACCCUCUGGCAGAAACAAAUACUAUUUGUUUAUACUUAAUUAUAUAGCUGAUAAUAUAGUGAAAACAGAUUUUAGUAUUGGGGUCUUUCAGCAGUUACAUAAUGCAGAAUCAUGUAUAUGUUUACCCCCUAGCUCUCCCCAUAGUGUAGUCUGUCUGUAUUCAUACGUAAUACACCCCUUUCAUGUCAUUGUUGAAUGGCUGACUUCAGAAAUAUACUGAACAAAAUUAAUUACGGGACAUAUUCUCGGCAUAUUUAAAAUCAAAUAUUGUUUCCCAAGGCUCUCACUGGAACAGAUUUUGGUUGAGCCAAUUUUCAGAUACAAUGCACAAUAGAUUUAAGGAAAACUGUAUUAGCCAAAGACUGUAGCCAUUUUGUUUAAAAAUUAGCAAAUUGACUAAAUUUUGCAAUGAAAAGGGUGAGCCCUGGUAAUCCCCCCUCCCCCAACCCCCCAGUUUGUUGCAUUGUAAGGUGUCUGUGUUAAAGCUUAAUGAUUUAAACAAUUUAAGACGAGUGUCAUUAUGAACAAUAAUCACAAAACACCAAAAAUGUGCUACAUUUCAUUUUGUUUAAACAAAUUACAACAGUAACUGUCUUCUAAACAGCAAACAUGUACUAAGGACAUUUUUUCUAAACAGAUUUUCUUUUCCUUAAUUUGACGAAAUUUUUAUGAAAAAUGGAAACAUUAUAUCAAUAUAUAUUCUGUUCGAGACAUUUUGUUCAAUAUCGCGGUGCGAUUCGCUACACAAGUUUCAGAGAUUGCUACUCAAUUUUAAAACAUUAAACAGCAGUUGCUAAUCAUUUUUCACUGGACUAGAAAUAUCACCAAUCACGAUUUUGUAAACAAAAUGUUCCCUGGAUUUGAGGCUGAUUUCUUUAAUUGUGGGAAAAGUUAAUUAUUUGUGUAAUUGUUUUAGAAAUAAAUGCAAAUAUCAUUAAGGUGGAUGACAGUAACUUUUCGUACCCUCGUUUUGGCUUCGUACACAGUAAAUAAAACAUAUCCAAUGGUAAUUUUUUGAUAUGAUAUAUUUGACAAAAGGUACUUUUUAUUUCUUUCAUCUUUUGAAACUUAAAAUUAAUAUUUUGUCCAGAAUUAUGAAAAAUAACAAAAUACCAACCUGUAAACGUUGUCCACUUGUUAUAGAAAUGUGACAGGGGUCAAGGUUAGUAGACCAGUUUUUAUUUUAAUGUGGCAAAGCAUUGUAAUAAUAUACACAUGUAGCUACUUUUGAAUUUGAAUGACGUCAGUAUUCCAAUGACGUAACUUUGAAUCGCCUUACAAUAAUCAUACACUGGCUACAUGACGCUUCCGUUUUAAGAAUGCUGUAAACACUCAAUAUCUGGCUUAAGCAGCCCAUACAUGAUCAAUUUUAUUGACAAUAAUAUUGUCAAUUAUAAAAAUUGACAAUAUUAUUGAUCAUUAGUGUGUGAUAUUGAAGCAAGUUUUUGAUUGACACAAUAUAUUGACAGAAACAUCGGUAGAUAUUUAUUGAAGGUUUCUCAAUACUAGUGUGUCGUUGAUGGCACUUUGUCAAAUUAUUGCACACUAUUUCAUUCGGAAGCCAGUCAUCUAAGGAUAAACAUGUCCAGUUAGGAAAAAGAAGAGAGAAAAUUUCUUCUUCUUUAUAAAUAUAACAUUAAUAAAAUUAUCAAUCCAC